AUGGCCACUGCCAACGAACUGCUGCCCUUACACAAGAGGCUUUCAGCCGGUUGCAGCGAUGCCGAGCUACAGGAGACGCUGAGGUUUUCUCUGAAGCGGUGGCAGAGGCAGCCCCGCAUAGCAACAAAAACCUUGCAAGAUGUGGCAUGGAAGGUGGAUCCUGGGCUGAGCCUGCGCAUUCUGAGCUGCAUGGCAGAGAGCAGAUUCCAGCUGGACGUCUUUCAUUGCAACGCUGUGGCAACAUCCUUGGCAAAGCGUGGCUGUUGGCGCGAGUGCUGUGAUCUCAUCGACAGGAUGUCGACUUUUCGAAUAUUGCCAGAUUCCGUGAGCGCCACAGCGUCGUUGGUCGCGAUAGAGAAGCAGAGUGCGUGGCCGGCUGCUUUGCAACUGAUGUCUUCCUUGAAUCAGCACGAAGUGCAGCCCGAUACGAUUGUUGCUAAUGCAGCGAUGCGGGCGGUACAAUCUGGCAGCGAAUGGCAGCAAGUUUUAAGUCUCUUCAGGGGUAGUAUCGAAGCGAGCAUCCUGCCGGACAAAGUCGGCUACAACAUUGUAGUCUGCUCUUUCGAGAGGCAUCGCAUGUGGGAGCAGGCACUGGCCGUGCUGCACGAAAUGCCUUCGGCACUAGUGAUGCCUGACGUGGCCAACUGGAAUGCUGCGAUGAAUGUCUGUUGCAAGGCUACUCAGUGGCAGCAGACACUUGGAUUGCUGCAUAGCAUCCCGCCCAAGUUACGUGCCACUCGAACAAGUCACAAUGUGGCAAUCUAUGCGUGUGAGCUUGGGAGCCAGUGGGACGUUGCUUUGCAGCUCUUAGCGGCAAUGAGAGAUGCAGACGAGGCUAGUUUCAGUUCCACACUGGCGGCCUGUGCCACCACAGGAAGCUGGCAGGCAGCUCUGGACAUCAUGGGUUACAUGGUCCGAAGUAGCAACGAGCCCCGGGACUUCGACCGUGCAGCUGCAAUCCGAGCCUGCAGUGUGGGUCAGCGGGUUGACUUGUCCCUUGAGCUGCUAGAAGCCACGCUCCGCAGUCGAGCAGCGCGUGGCAGACUCUGCUACGACACCGCCAUGCAGGAAUGCAGUCGUUCGAAGCUUUGGCAGCAGUGCCUGCAGCUCUUACACGACAUGCCCCACUAUAGUUUGUCACCAACCCCUGCCAGCUAUGACACCGUCAUCAAUUCCUGUGAAAACACAGGCAAAUGGCACCUUGCAUUGUGCUUGUUGGGCGUAAUGCCUGCCAGAGCCGUUACACCUGACCUUUGGAACUUCUACAGCGCUGUGGGAGUUUGUGCUCAUGCAGGGCAGUGGCAAGCUGUGCUCCGCCUUCUGAUGGUGCUGCCUCCAAAUGCAGGACCUGAUGCUGGCAUUUUCAAGCACGCGAUUCUCGGCUGCGACGAUGCUUGCAAGUGGGAAGCCGCUCUGGCCCUGCUCGGCAACAUGCCAGCGGUGAAGGUCCUUCCUGACGGAGGUUGUUUUGAUGCAGCGAUCGGUGCAUGUGCUCGAGUCGGGCAGUGGCUUCCAGCAUUGAGUGUCUUCGAAGAGGCAAUGUCCGUUGGCAAGGCUGCGGCGAGCUCUUUGAGCUUCGUGCUGACGGCAUGCCGCACUAGCGGAGAGUGGGAGCUGGCACUGCAGCUGUUUCGGCAGCAGCCCCUCGAGCCGGAUUUGGACUGCUUCCGUGCAGUGAUCAGUUCCUGUCAACUUCAAGCCGCAUGGCGCGAAAGCCUGGCGCUUCUCGAGGAGAUGCCGAGGCGAAGACUUGGACCUGACGUUGUGAGCACUUCCACCGUCGGAGACGCAUGCACGAGGGCCGGCGAGUGGCAGAUCGGACUCGGCUUGUUCGCGCAGUUCCUGCGAAGCUCUGAGGCCCAGGAUUGUCUGGCGGAAGCCAUGCGCGCCUGCUGCUUGGGCUUCUGCUGGGAGGGUGCCAUAUCCCUUCUGCUGCGCUCCGACAAGCAGGACAUCGAGGACUGGAACUUCGUUUUGACGACCUGCCGCCGCUCGGAGCAGUGGCAGGCGACCCUGGCCCUCUUCCGAGCUCUCCUGGACCAGCAUCUUCAGCCUAGUGGGAGCACAUACAGUGCCGUUAUCAUGUCGGCUUUAUCUUGGAGCGGAUCUGAACAACAACUUGCUGGCCGUGCGCUGCCGAAAACUGGCAGUCGCGGCACCGUUGCUCGCAGUGCCGAGCUCCAAGGCGCCGAUUCACCGUCCGCUUCGGCACCGCAGCCGGACCUGUCCGUGCUGCGCCUGCCUUGGCCGCAGAGGCCCCAAAGUACGACGCGCCUCGUGCUCGAUGCAUGGCGAGGACGUGCGCUGGUCACCCCCGCGUCCUUGUGCGGCCCUGGCCCGGAGGACGUCCGCAGUGGGUCCCAAUCCGACGUGGAAGGCUGGCCGUGGCAGCGCCAGAAGGUGAAGCUACGGGCGGAAUCCCAUCCAAAGGAGCAGCCGCCUGGGCCUGGGCCCACGCAGUCAGAUUCCGAGGUGCCUGAUCGCGGCACUCAGAUUUUCCAUGAUUCUGACGACACCUGA